AGCUAGGCUAGCCCUGUAACUUAGUGGAGUAAGUUACUCUACUCCGUAGUAAACCUGCUCUGGUGCCCCGGCGAUCGAUGCCCUUCCCCCGCCGUCACAAAGUCACAAUCACUCCUACAAAAAUCAUCAAGGAACAUCCGUCGAGAGAGCUGUCAGGGCUGCCAUAGUAAUCAGAACUAUUAACAUGCAAAAGAUAUAUUGUAGUUAUUUGCUAAACCCCUCUCAGCAAACGGCUUCCUUUUGUACAUACAUUCAUAAAUAUCUGGUAUCUCGCAUAUCCAAUCCAUGAGUAACUUGUACAAAGAAGCCAUCCACCUCGUCAAAGCGGAGGCCGCGACAUCCUCCCUUUCCUCCUCCGCACAAAGCCCUAAACCGCAUAUCAAAAGACACCCAUCUCUCGCCCCUCUCUACACCACAAUGGGACUCCAUCCACCAUGGAUGGCUACACAUUAAGCUCAAAGGCAACGAGGACUGCCUCUGAUAAUGACCGGAAAUCCCGUCAUCUUUGCCGUCAAAGGCACUAUCGCGGCGGGCGAUGAGCCCCUCCCCUGGAUAUAUUAUCCGCAGAGCCAGAAGGGGGUAUACCCCUAUGUGGAAAUUAUGACUGGAGCUAGGUUUCCGCCCACUUCUUCUUCUUCUUCUUCUUCUUCUUCUUCUUCUUCUUCUUCUUCUGCUGCUGCCGGUGCUCCUGCUAGGGAUGAACACCCCUUCGACUGCUGCGUGCCGCCUAAUCAGAAUAAGCGGCUGAAGGGGGAAGAUUUUCAGAAGGGGGACGUGAUCACUGAGGAAAAUGCGGUUAUUCGCCCACCGCAUGUGAUGGCGUUGGCUUCGGUGGAGUUGAGACGUAUUGGUGAUCGUGGUCGUGGUCACUUUGGGAUCCCGGAUGUCAAUGGCCCUUUUAUCUACGCAGUGUUAGAAGCGCAAGGGUGCGACGUGGACUUUCUUGGGGCGAUGGAGGAUAACGGCCAGAUUGCAGCUGAGAAGAUUCUAUCCCGUCUACAGGGACGACAGGGAAGGCGGUAG